CUUCUCAGCUUAACCAUUCAUGGUGACUGACAAGUCAUGAUAAUUUUUUAUAAAACAAAUAGUUUUUCGCAAUGGACGAUUCGUUUUUCGGCUUUGAUACAACCACAUGCGUACCGGAUGACGAUGGGCGCAUUGCAGAGCCCCCGGAAGAGGAGUACGACGCGCUCAAUGAUGAAACCUUCGGCUCGGCGAUAAACGGCGACUGGGAAGAAGCCCACGAGACUCUCGUCCGACUCGGCGGCAAUGGCGAAAAGAUUCGUCGUGGAGGAGGUGGAGGAGGAGGCGGAGGUGGAGCUGGUGGGGCCAACAAUCAUCUGAGUGGUGGCAAUGGCGCCUUCCACAAUCAGCAGAUGCAGCAACUGCUGCGUGACGACUCCGACCUAGAGCUGAAUCUGUCUGCGAUGCGAUUGGAUGACGUCGACCUGAGUUCAUUUGGCGAGAGCGAUGGGAAUCAGUUGCAGCGCAUCAGCCUGGACUCAAAUGUUUGGGCAUCGCAGCCGUUGGCCAACAUGCCCUUGGCGAGCAAUCCACAGCUUUUUCGCGAGCACUUUCGCAGCGCGUUCAAGGCGCAGCCGCUGGCAGCAGUUGCAAGCUCAGCCACACAAAUGAAGCCACUGCAGGAGACCAAUGCCAAUUUUGGUUUGCCGCCCAUGCCGCCGCCAGUUACGGCCAAAAUCUCAACUCUCGAAGAUGUCGAGCGGAAUUUAAUCAUACAGCAGGCAAUACCCAAGCAGCAGCAGCAAAUGCCCCAACAGCAGCUGCCACAGCUGCAUCAACAGGACUUUAAUCUGGCCAACAGGCAGCAUUUGGUGGUAACGCCUACAAUACAACAGCAGCAACAACAACAGCAGCAGCAACUGCAGAAGCCACAUCAACACAAGGCACCCCCUGGAUUCUUGGCACCUCCACAAACACCGCCAGCAAGGCAAAACCUAGGAUUUCAUGGGCCGCAUUCCUUGGCUGGCGCUGGGCCAGGACCCGGACUAAUGCCGACGCCCCCAUCUCAACAGCAACAACAACAAUUGAACAACGGGCUGAGUGGGAAUCGAGCACCGCCCGGCUUCAUCUAUCCAAGUGGAAUGGUCCCGAACCUGCCACAACAUCCGCUGCUGCAGCAGCAACAGCACGCUGCGCUGCCGCCCAGCUAUCCCCGAGCACUGCCAAAUCCUCAUUUGCCCACUGCACUCAACAACUUUGCCAUGCAUCCGAGCUUCAAUGCGAUGCGUGCCGUUGGCAUCCCGCACCCCGCAACCUUUAUGCAGCCAGUGCCGCCUGUGCCACGCCUCCCGCCGCACAACGUGCUCAAUCAGCAGCCCAACUCGAUGUACAACAUGUUCAAUAUGCGCCUUGUGCAGGAAAUCCAACAGAAUCAUCCGCUGUUGCAGAAUGUGGCCGUUGCCCGUCAACAACAACAACAACAGCAGCAACAAAAUCGUCCCGGCGAUCGCCAGAAACAGCAACAACAACAAUCCCAGCAACAGCAGCAGCAGCAGCAACUUAAUCAUCGUCAUGGCGGCAACCUGCCCCAGGAGGAGUUCGACGAGUACGCCAAUCUGAUGAGCACCCGAGACAAGCACUGGCUGAUUGGUAUUCAGCUGUCACAGCUGAACACGGAUACGCCGUACAUCGAUGACUAUUACUACACGGUGCACAGGGAGCGGAAGAACGGACAGGUGCGUCACAGCCAGGCACACAAGGAUAACCAGUUGAACCACCCGCUGACGCAGCCACGUGGCCAUGCCCAGCUCAUCCUGGUGCAGUUGGGCAACAAGAACGGGUCGCGCAACGGACAACAGCAUCGCGAGCGACGCAAUUCGGAGAACACGAGCAACAGCAACGCCAGCGGUGGAGGCGGCGGCGGCAACAUAACAAACAGCGGUGGCAACAACAGCAAUCUCCUUGCUGGCUACAUUUUCUCACCCUUGAAAUUCGAGAACUCGCUGGGCAAGCUGCAGUAUGGCAGUGUCACAGCGCCCCGCAAGAUCAUCGAUGCCGAUAUAAUGGGCAGCGAUAUGAGUCCCGUGGAAAAUUCUGCAUCGUCUGCCUCCUCAUCGGCUGCAGUGCAUCAUUCGGAUAAGUCCAGCGAGGGGCCAAGUGAGGUGCUCCUGGUGCCGAGCAGCAUGCGAAAAUCGCGUCAUAUUCUGCUGCACAUCGAGACACUUUAUCGGUAUCUGCUCAAGCUGGAGGACCUGGAAAGUCCCGAAGUGAUGGCAACCAUUGUUUUGAAAAAGAAUAAAGAAAGCGAACGCAUCGCCGCCGUAGAGCAGCUCGAGAUGGCAAAUAAAACGGCCGAGGAACGUGCUGCCGAGGCAAACAAUCCCCAGACCAUGAAUCCAGCGCUUAAAAAUAAGUUCAACUAUGAGAUCGAGUCGCGCGAGGCUCUCGUCAGCAAACUAAAAUCGGGGCUCACUUUCGACAAGGUCGUCGCCAUGAUGAGCGUGCGCAAGGGCAAGAUCCUCCUACGUCGUUGUAUGCCAUUUAUUGCUGAUCAGAGCAUACGUUGGACUGUUUGGGCUGGCGUUUUCUGUUCGCUGCAGAAUGUCGUUAAGAAAGAUCGUGACGAUGUCGAGGGUGUCCUCUUUGCCCUCUAUCCGGAGUUCAGAAAGCACAUUGGCGAAGCGAACUUUGAAACAACUAUCAAUAUAUCGGCUGCUUUCACACUGAAUGACAAAAAGAUGUCGGCCAUUUUCUGUAGUCGAUUUGGAAUUUUGUCGCUCGUCGGUUUGAUUCUACGGGUGGAGGCGAUUUACAUGCUGAGCACGGAUGCGACGCUCAGCGAGGAUAACCGACAGAAAUGGCGUGAGUUCCUCGCCCAGGUUGCUUCCUGCCUUAAUCGCACCAUCCAAAACCAGACCAUCUCAGCGGCAAUCGAGUCGGACGCAAUUCAGCCAAUGAUGAAUCAUUUUGCGCGCUUUAAAGACUUGAAACUGGAUGCGCUGCUGGCUUUAAUAACGGAGGCCAAACAUCAAAUUAAUUAAAUUGGUGAUUGGAAAGUCAUUUAUAUAUAACCCCUUUGUAAAAUUUCUGUCAUUAAUGUUGGGUUAUUUAGCAGUUAAUAUGUGUAUGAUCUACAAUGUAUCUACAUAUAUAUACGUUUGUGUUGUUGUAUUUAAUUUUCAAUAUAUACAUACAUAUUACACGCGCACAAUUUGUAAAAGAAUUCCAUGCAUCCACGCAUAUAUAUACAUGUCUAUCAAAAAGGAAGGCUCAUAUAUUAACUAACGCUAAACAAAAAGAAAUAUAGAGUAAGACAAUUAAACAUGUAAACAAAUGCGAGAUAUUUUCUUUUCAUCAAUUUUAUAAAUGUGCACUUUAAGAAAGGCAAAAACUACUUGGUAUAGCAUCAGAUAUGUUGCUCAUUGUAUAUAUGUCAUUUUGUAUUUAAAAUAGUGAAAACUUCUUCACAAAUAUUUUUUUGAGCUAUUUAAAUUUGUGCUGCUCUUCACUUUUAACUUGUUUACUUCAUUCAUUUGGCACAUUUGUGAGUCAUUUAACAUU